AUGAAGGUGGCUCUUAUAGGCGGGACAGGAGAGACGGGCAGCAUCAUUGUCAACGCUCUUCUCGAAUCGGACAUUCCAGCCUUGAAAAUUAUCGCCAUUGUUCGACCUGCCUCUGAGAGGAAGCCUGAUGUUGUCGCGCUUGAGAAGAGAGGAGUUGCCGUCGCCGUAGUUGAUCUUGAGGGGCCAAGGGCUGAGCUCGUUGAUGUUCUGGAGGGCGCCGAUGUCCUGAUCUCGACCAUCCACGUCAGUGCGCUUGGCAGCCAGAUUCCUCUUGCCGACGCCGCCAAGGCCGCAGGUGUAAAGCGAUUCGUUCCUUGCUUCUUCGCUACCGUUGCGCCAGCCAAAGGUGUCUUGACGUUGCGCCAGCUGAAAGAGGAGGCUCUUCUUCACGCAAAGAAGAUUCGGCUUCCGUACACGGUCAUUGAUGUCGGCUGGUGGUAUCAGCUCAGCAUUCCGCGCCUCCCGUCUGGACGCAUUGAUUCGGCUACCCCUUUGCCGGUCAACUUCAUUGCUGGCGAUGGCAACACUCCUUCUGCACUGACGGAUGUGAGAGACGUUGGAAGGUUCACAGCGCGUAUCAUCGCUGAUCCCCGUACCAUCAACAAGAUGGUCUUCGUCUAUGGCGACAUUGUCUCACAGAAUCAGAUUUUCGAUAUGUUGGAUGAGAUGAGUGGCGAGACUACUAAACGAGAAUAUGCAAACGCCAUCGAGAAGAGUGCAUUUGAUAACAGGAUGAAAAUAUUUUACGAGUAUUGGUACUCCAUGGGAGUUCGUGGAGACAACACCCUAGAGAACGCCGAGUUUCUCGGGUACGUUGACGGCACUAAGUUGUACCCUGACUUUCAGCCCAUCACUUUUGAGGCUUUCCUGAAGGAAGUCCUUGAUGGAAAGUCGGUAGCUAUCUAUCGCACUCUUGAGCAAAAUGUAGCCAAAGCCGAAAGGUAA